AUGGUAUCGAUUCAAGCAAUUGUUUGUCAGAAGAAUGUGUAUGCGGCGGAUGCGAGCUUAAUAGUUUCGCUCCUAGAUAUCCACACACCACCUCCAUCCGGAGACGAACAACAUGGUGAACCUCUAGAGAUUCUAGAAGCUGGGACAGGCCAUGGUUCCCUGACGCUACAUCUUGCAAGAGCUAUAAAUGGAGCAAAUACUUGCCCGCCGCCCAUUCCACAAGCUACACAACGGACAAUUCUGGACCCACAGAGUCAAGCUCAGGACACAGCCGAAGUAACAGAGGAGGAGAGUAUCAAACAGAAAAACUGGGAUGCAUGGAGGGCUAAGCGCAAUGCAAUUCUUCACACAAUCGAAAUUUCACCCAAGGUGUCAGCUCAUGCCGAGAAAGUGGUCCGCGGUUUUAGAAGAGGCAUUUACACCGGGAGUGUAGAUUUUUACGUUUCAAGCGCAGAGGGUUGGAUUCAGCACCAGAUUGAAAGCCGAAGCUCUAAACUUCCCCCCGGAGAAAAGUUAAAGCCGUUCCUAUCAUACGCACUACUAGACAUGCCAUCAGCAGAAAAGCGCAUUCCUGAAGUUGCGCGUGUUCUUAAGACUGAUGGAGUACUGGCAGUUUUUACGCCAAGCAUCACCCAAAUUGGGGAUUGCGUUCAACUAAUUAAAGACCAGCAUCUGCCUCUUGUCUUAACAAAGUCGGUGGAACUUGGAAUGGGAAUUAGUGGCGGGAGACUAUGGGAUGUUCGGCCCGCAGUUAUAAGGGCAAGCGUGAAAAAUCGGGAUGAUGCAGAAGAACCGGCGAAUGAGGCGCUAGACAGCCUAGUUGAUACUUCAGCUACUGACAACCAAACGCACUACGCAAAAGAGGAUAGUGGCAUCCAGUCAUCACAAGAGAAUGGGCUUGGUGGAGAGAACCAGCCCGUCAAGCAUGUGAUGGUUUGCCGGCCCAAAGUCGGAGAGAGAAUUGUGGGUGGUGGCUUUGUUGGAAUAUGGAGAAUGGGAAAGGUUUGA